AUGUCUUUUGAUAAAUUAAUUGGUGCUGCUAUGAUUUUUGUUGCGACUGCUGUGUUCAUUUACUACACCAUAUGGACAUUUGUUUUGCCUUUUGUCGAUGAGUCAAGUCCCAUUCAGUCGUUGUUUUUGCCUAGAGAAUGGGCCAUUAGAAUUCCUGUUGUUCUGUUACUGACAGCAGUUGCUGGUGUCGGAACCUUCAUCGGCAAGGUUUUGAUCAAGAAUGCUGAGAAAGAGAAGCGUAAGCAAGCUGCUGCUAAAGCGAAAUAA